AUGCUCGGAUGGACAUUUCUGUGGUUCAUACUUCUGGUCAUUGGUCUUCGGAAGAUCGAGGCUAGGGAUGUCAUAGAGGAUAAUAAGUUUCUCCUUUCUCAUGUUUUGGAAGAGCAAUUGCUGAUUCCUUAUAAUAAUCAAUGCGAAGCGAUUGUUUUAAAUGGUGGAUUUCUUACCUUAGGGAAUGAUACACGGAGCAACUAUACAUUGAACUAUCCUAACCUAUUCAUAACUUGUGCGAAUGACAGUGUGCCGGGCCAAAAUAACUCUUUAAUGCUGAGACAUCUAGCGGCAGUGUUGAGUUCGCCUUCAAUCCAAUACGAUUUUAACAAACUGUUAGGCAAAGACUGCUUUGAAAAUAGCAUUUUGAUAAUUGCAUUUGCAACUUGUGCCGUGUGUAUUGGUACGUGGAUGGUGUACCUGGUCUUAAUGCUCUUACCGUCAGAGAGCCGGUUAAGUUCGAGCUUGUUGGUACCAUUUUAUGUGUUGUUUUCCGCCUUCUACGAUACUGUAAUACUGGCCAAGACAGUUGAGACGAUUUUCAAGGAGCAAUACCGCGAUAACGUGCAAGAUUUCACCUCUUAUGAGCAUCGUAUCGUCGGUGGAACCGCUUUCAGGGUCGGUUCCAUCAUUAGUAACGUUCUACUCUAUGCGAAUUGGACGAUGAUUAUCUACUACAUGUUUCACGAUAAGAGGAAGAUCACUACCGGUUGGCUCUGGCCGCUUUUCACCAGCAGAAAUAAACUGAUAAUCGUUGUUGGUAUGCUUCUUACCGUGGUGGACACUGUUCUCUACGCUGCGGUAACCUUCUAUGAGACAACAUCUUUGAGAAUUAUUCUAACAACACUGGACUUCAUAAUUUACACUCUGUUUUGUGGUCUGACUUCCUUCUUUGUUUGGCAUGAUUUUAGGUUCAUAUUGGCACCGCAACGUAUGCAUUCUAAUAAGGGCAGCGAAGUGAAAGAUACCUUCUUGCUUAUUUGGAAUGACUACCACGAAACGAUCCCUUUGCUUGUUUACAACAUUACACUAUUCGGCUUGUUGUUCUUUACUAAGGUGUACUUCACAAUCAUUUACACCUCAGAGCACAGAUGGGAAUUUAAGGUUGUGAGGUUUCUUCAAUUAAUCAUCACAGUCAGCGUUUGGGGUUUGAUCGGCGUGUUAGAGAAACGAGAGUUAAUAUUGAGCAAACAGACUGUUUUGGGAAGGAAAAUAAACGAUAACAAUGAAUAUUUCUUUGAUCCAAAAUUAGCAUAUACUCAGCGUGAUACAAACGAGGACUACGAUGAAAACGCCUCUGGAAGGUCUCAUAACGGAGAAGUAGAGGAUACUGAGGAGGGUCGUCGAAGCGGUUCAUCUCUAAGAAAACCAAAACAAAUUUGGAGAUCUCAAAUGCAAAGAGCUAAGAAUCUUAGGAAACUUGGUCGAAUCAGAGGCAAACGCUUUCUAAACGCGUUGACCGGUUUUACCAAAGCAGGCAGCGAAAUAAAUGUCGAUGCCUAUGGGCGCAAUAGAGAAUCCCAGGUCCCGACAGCCAGAAACGCAGCCCAGUGUGAUGCGAGCGAUAAGAUGGCCUUUGCCGAUGACACGGUUCACGACCUGGAAUCAGCGUAUGAGGGAAAAAGAGCUAGCGUUGAGACAGAAUUGGCGAGAAACUACAUUUACGAGUAUGAUAAUAACGACUGA